CUUUAUCUUCGGUCCUGAGCGGUCGCAGCCACAGCCGCUUUAUACUCCUCUCUUCCCACCCUUUCUCCUAUACCCUGUUAGCCCUCGAACCCUUUCAGCCAACCUGCCUGGACUGUCCAUGGCCUUCCGUUCCCUCUAAUCAUGCCCUACGGCCCCGCAUCUGGCCGGGGGUCUACUGAUAGCACGCCGACGCCGGCUCUGCCUAGAGGUUAACACCGUCGACUACAAACAACUCGAGCCGCUGACCGUCUCUUCUUUCAUCUCCCGUCUCCCUGAUCUUCACACUCGGCUGCGAGGGCAGCCAUCGCCGCCGCCUCUCCCUCCGACCCGAGACCCGAGACCCUCGACUCCGUCGGCACCAUGGCCAUGUUCUUUCAGUCGUUCCAGAGCUCCUCUAUGCCCAAGAGGCUGCUCCGGUAUGCCUUGUCUAGGCUGGAGCUCCUCGACGCUGAGGCGCUCGACAUGGAGAACCUGGACCUUGCGCUGGGCAGGAAUACGGUGUUCGAGUUUCGCGAUGUUGGGAUCAAGCUCAAGAAGCUUGAGAAGCUGCUUCAGCUCCCGGCCACGUUUAGGCUGCAAAAGGCCAAAGUCCUUCUCCUCCGAGUCACCGUCCCGAUGGACUUUUACACGAGCCCCAUAACCGUCGAGAUCGAUGGCGUUGAUAUCGCCCUACAAGUUCUGGGAGCUGGGCCCAAGUCGAGUCGCACGCCCGGGACUAAGACGCCCGAAGAUACCGCUGUGGUACCCAAUACAGUUGACCUUGCACAAUCCUUCCUCGAGACACAACCAUCAUCGGAACGCCGGAAGCUCGAAGAUGCCCUGGCCGCUGAGACCCAGGACCUCGGUGCCUCGGUUACGAUGAGCGACGAUGGAAGCGAGGAGGAGUCGUCGCUGGGAACGGGCCAGCCGCUUUCACUGCCCGCCUUCCUGGCAGACUUCCUACAAGGCAUAGUCGACCGUAUGCAGGUCAGGAUAAAGGGCAUCACCUUCCAGCUGGAUGUUGAAGUGCCUGUCGAACCCAACUCACCAACCACCGAACUAGUGUCGUUUCAGAUCGCUCUCGAAGACAUCGAUGUCGAAGGCGUCACUGCUCACUCACAAGAACAGGAUGGAUCACCCACCAUCGUGCACAAAGAAGGCAAGCGUCACAUAUCACUGUCUAAUGUUCGAGCAUACCUCAUCUCUGAAGCGAACGUAUUUUCCGCGCUGGCGCGAUCUCCAUCGAUGACAUCCCCUUCUGCCGCCUCCUCCCCAGUCAUGACGAGGAAUCCUCCCUCCCGUCAGGCUACUACUCUAUCGCAAGAUAGCUUCCAUGACGAGCCUAUGGCGUCAUCACAAGAGAGCUUUAGGCAGCGCUUUGAUAACCCCGACGAUGCUUCCGAACCCGAUUACCCUCUUGGCGAUAGCGAGGAGGCGCUCGCCAUCCCUUAUGAAUUUUCCGAUGCUGCAGAUGACGAAUUCGACGAUAACCCAGCCACUCCUAGAGCCUCUAUGUACCAUGACUUUAAUCACCCGGCUCUUGAGGACUCUAUUGAGGAUAUUGAGGAAUCGCUCGAUGACCCUAUCGAUGAGCCUCUGUUUCACUCAACGAUGGGUCCCACUGACCACACUUCAUACUCGGCGGCAUUUGAGGAGGAGAGAGAGAGGCCGCAGUGGGCAAGCAUCGAACAAGAAGCCAGAUCGGCCCCGUCACUGGAUUUUCCAUACCGUCCAGCUUACACUGACGCAUUGAGGCCGCCCUCACCCGAUCAACCUCUGGGGCGCUCUACCUCAUCCAAAGGUAGCUUUGGGCUUGACUCGACCGGGGAUCUCGCCGAGUCUCAUGUGUACACGCAUGAAGAAGCCGAGAGCAUGUACAUGAGCGCAUUUUCUCAGAAUGACCCCCAAGCCUCUGCGGCUUUAUCUCCGGCUGCGUCACAGCAUACUCUCCCACCGCCCGAUUCAAUUGCAGAGCUAGCAAGGUCAACGACAGAAGAAGUCAAUCCAAUUCUGGACGAAGUCAAAUCAAUUCCGGAAGAAGUGAAACCAACUCUGGAGAAGUCAAUUCCGGAGGAAGUCAAGCCAACGAUGGAGGGAGUGCAGCCCUCGCCACAGGAAGUGAAAUCGACCACGGAUGAAGUGAUUCCAACUACCGAGGAGGCAAAGCCGGCACCGGAAGUGGAGCAACAGAAAGAAGAAGACUUGGUCCCUGUGGUCAAACCGCAGACACCUCGACCAGUUAUGCCUGGUGGUUGGGAAGAUGACGCGGAUGACUCCCCUCCGCAGAAUCCUGUCGAUUCAUCAAUUUCAACGGAUAGCUCACCUCAGACUCCUGGAAAGACUGAUCCGCAAGCUGAAUCUUCGGACAGCGACUCAUCUUCACCUGCCUUCUCUAGGGCUUGCAUUGCUGACCUGGACCCGGAGCGCCCACACACACCAGUGAAACAACAGGACGAUGUGCCUACACCAAAGGGCCCAACCCGACUCGUCAAGGAGAUCUUCAAUCUCAAGACCAUAUCAAUCUACGUACCAUCUCAGCAUCAACACAUUCACGUUCAUGCUGCAUCAGCCGAGUCGGUAGCCCAGCUGUCCCAAUCUCUUGGACGAUCAGUGUACCCCCAGGCACCAGGUGCAUUUUCAAUUCAUGGGGCCGCACCUACACUGCCACAGAGCCCUCCAGCGUCGAGUGCAGGUGUCGAUAACACGCUUGAGGUAGCUCUCUCUCCCAUCAGCAUCAAUUUCGACACUUCUCUUGGUUUCCUGCUUGCGAUGGUCGUCGGCAAGUUGCUUGAAGCUGUUAAGGACAACAAACCACCUGCCACCUCACAAGAUGGCAAGCAACAGGAACCAGCAAAGAAGGCUCUGGAUGUCCAAAUAGCACUUGAAGAGAUCAAACUCAACUUUCUCAACAGGCUAGGUGGAGUUUCAGAUACACCCGAGCGUUACUUGGACCCAACGGCAUUUAUUUUCGAUGAGGAGGUGCUCUUGAGCACAACCCUUCAGAAUCUAACCAUAUCGAUGUCCCCUACCGAAAUUGCGUCAAGGAGGACAAGUCGAGAUCAGUCAACGUCCCAACCGGCUACUUUAACCAAGAUAGACGUGCAAAAAUUCCGCUUUGGCUAUGCGGACGAUGAUAUUGUCUCUUUCGACAGUGGCAGGCCAAUGAGUACGUCAGUCAGGGACACCUUCCUAUCUUCCGGUACAGACAUUGGUAUCAAGAUUGUUCAGUCGGGCGAUAACAUCAAAACCGAUAUUGAAACGCUACCCCUUGUAGUCCAGGUCGACUUGCAGCGACUAGAUGAGACGUUCAGCUGGUUUGGCGGAUUAAGCAGCUUCCUGAACAUGAGCACUUCCAUCGCGUCGAGUCCUUCGCCCACCCCAAAGCCAGCAGUAGCACCUCAGCAGAAGCCUCGAGGUGUCCGCUUUGAUACACCAAUUGACCCUGGUGACAAGUCUGCCGCUUCCGAAAACAAGGUAAACCUCAGGAUUGGAGGUGCCUUGGUGGAGCUUGUUGGAAGGGACUGCAGUGUUGCGGCUGAAUCAACUGCUAUCAAAUUGGUCAGUCGAGAGGAGGGGAUUGGUAUGGCUUGCAGCGUGAUGCGAGUUUCCGGGCCAUUCCUAAAGAACUCUCAAGCCGAUCCCGCGAUCAGCACUGAGAUCAGCGGCGUUCGAAUGGACUUCUUAAUGGCGCCUCAAGAUAAAGACCUAGAGAGGCUUCUUGAACUCAUUAUCCCCACUAAGGUCAAGUUUGAUCACGGAAAUGAUGAAAUCAUGGUAGACACACUCUUGCGUCAGAGAAGGAAGGGUUCUGUUCUGAGGGCCUCCGUUGAUGCGGUCAAUGUUCGUGUUCAGAAUAUGGCCCAGCUCUCGGUACUUCCAAAUCUCGGGGAAGAAAUCGCAAAGCUCUCGACAGUCGCCAAAUACCUACCUGAGGACGAUAGACCAGGGCUCUUGACCCUGGGGAAAAUCCAGAAGGUGGGAGUGAGUCUGGAUUUUGGAGGCAAGCUUGGACAUUUGGGCGCCGAAAUCAGCGACUUUAAUGUUGGGCACAUCUCGAUGCCGUCUCUUGUUGCCAUUGCGAUCCACGGUAUUUCUGUCAAGCGAAAUAAAUCCGAGGAAUUGGUUGGCAGUUCGACAUACGCCUUCCCAGAGAUCUCAUCCCGAGGACCUGUCAUCAUGGCUAGGAUGAUUGGAGACGAGAUUGAGCCUGUCAUCAAGUUGAAGAUGCAGGAUCUGAACAUCGAGUACCGAGUUCACACUAUCAUGGAUCUGUUGGACCUGGGCGAAGACGCAACUCCGCAAGAUUUCGAAGCUAGCCUCGCUGCAUCCGUCGCAAGCCUCGGAGAUCAAGCACACCAUGCUCUGGCAAGACAACCGAGUUCCCCUGGAUCUGAGAAGACGAAGGCUGGGAAGCCAAUGACUUUGGAUGUCGGCUUCCGAGACUGUUUGCUUGGCUUGAAUCCCUUGGGACAGCCUUCGAAGAUGGUCAUUGCACUAACCGAUGCGCACCUUGUUGCUGUGCUCCCCAAGGAUGUCGACACCAAUGCCGUUCUGAACAUCAACAAGGCCUCCAUUCUACUCAUCGAUGAUGUUUCUCAGCUUACGGAGAAUGAUUUGCCCGUCACCCAACGACCUCGUGCAUCCUCCUCGACCUCUCGGCAAGUGGCAAACAUGUGCGCACGGGGCUAUGUGGACAUUUGCUACAUCUCUUCCGCGAAGGCAGUUGUAGACAUCACAGCUGGUGAAGAUGGAGAGAAACGGGUCAACGUCGAACUCAGGGACGAUCUUCUAGUCUUAGAAACCUGCGCAGAUUCUACACAGACACUCAUCUCGCUAGCCAACGCUCUGAAACCACCAACGCCGCCCAGCAAGGAGAACAAGUACCGAACCAACGUGAUCCCUGUCCAGGAUCUCCUCGCUUCCAUUUCUGCCGAGGCCUUCGGGAAGCCGGAAGGAGAGUAUGAUUUCGAUCAAGACUUUGCUGGUGCCCAAGAAUUAGCGGGUAGUGGUUCGGAUGUCGACUUCGCCACCGACAGUCCAUUGCAGAUCGAGUCACAAUUCUAUGAGGAUGAACCAGUUACAGAGGAACUUUUCGAUGCCACGAGCAGCUCGCUUCUGUCCCAUGGAACGACGAUGAAAGAUACCAAUGAGGGUGUUUUAUUGACUGGUUUUGAUCCUUCGUCAACAAGCCAGAGCCAAGACUCGGACGACAUAGAUGACCUGGUCAUUCAUGAAGACUACUAUGACCGCGACUCCUCAAAGGACGGCAAAGCCAAGGUGUGGAACUCGAACAAGAAUACUUACGAUAGAGCACCUGCGGAUCUUGUAAAGCGCAGCCCCUUGAGUGUGUCUGUUCGAGAUGUCCACGUCAUUUGGAAUCUCUUCGAUGGCUAUGACUGGUCGCAUACACGAGAUGUAAUCACCAAGGCUGUCCAGGAUGUGGAAACCAAGGCAUACGAGCGCCAAGCACGAUCUGGGCAGGCUCACGUGUAUGAAGAGGAACUAGAGGACGAAGAGGCCAUUGGGGACUUCCUCUUCAACUCUAUCUACAUCGGCAUCCCAGCAAACCGUGAUCCCCAAGAACUAUCCCGGGCGAUUAACGAGGGCCUCAAUGACAAUGCAACCGAGACUGAAUCCGUCGCGACCACGGCAUUUACGGCAACGACGAACCGAACCGUACGCUCCCGACAGUCGAGAUCAAAGCGACUCAGGCUCAAGCGCAGCAAACACCAUAAAAUCACAUUUGAACUCCAGGGAGUGAAUGUGGAUUUGAUUGCAUUCCCGCCUGAUUCUGGAGAAACUAUGAGCAGCAUCGAUGUGAGGGUGAACAACUUGGACGUUUUUGACCACGUCCCAACCUCGACCUGGAAGAAGUUUGCAACAUACGACCAGGAUAUGGGAGAACGUGAAAUGGGCACCAGCAUGGUUCAUCUUGAGCUUCUGAACGUCAAGCCACAACCAAGUCUCGAGGCGUCUGAGAUUGUCCUACGGGCGACUCUGCUACCUUUGAGACUGCACGUUGAUCAGGAUGCUCUGGAUUUCAUCACUCGGUUCUUUGAGUUCAAAGACGACAAUGUGCCUGUUCACUCCUCUCCAAGCGACGUACCAUUCCUCCAACGUGCCGAAGUCAACGAUGUGCCCGUUAAGCUCGACUUCAAGCCAAAGCGGGUGGAUUAUGCGGGUCUUCGCUCCGGACACACGACCGAGUUCAUGAACUUUAUUGUGUUGGAGGAAUCUCGGCUGGUCCUGAGGCACGUCAUCAUCUACGGUGUUUCUGGCUUUGACCGGCUCGGCAAGACGCUGAAUGACAUCUGGACGCCAGAAGUUAAGGCCAACCAGCUUCCCGGUGUUCUAGCCGGUUUGGCCCCAGUACGCUCGAUCGUCAAUGUCAGCAGUGGCUUUAAGGAUUUGGUCGAGAUUCCGCUCCGUGAAUACAAGAAGGACGGCCGGGUGAUCCGCAGCAUUUCAAAGGGCGCCGCAGCCUUCGCACGCACGACGGGCACCGAGAUUGUCAAACUAGGUGCCAAGCUCGCCGUCGGAACCCAGUAUGCCCUGCAGGGAGCCGAGGGCAUGCUCUCCGAACAACAACAGCCUGAGGGCUCGUGGGAGGAUGACGACCUCGAUCCGGAAGACAAGAAGCAAAUAUCGCUGUACGCCGACCAGCCCACGGGUGUUAUCUCCGGUAUUCGAGGCGGGUACCGCUCCCUAACCCGCGAUGUGAACUUGGCUCGCGAUGCCAUCAUCGCCGUGCCAGGAGAAGUCAUGGGGAGCCAGUCAGCCGGUGGAGCAGCCAGGGCAGUGUUGAGGCGUGCACCGACCAUCAUCUUCAGACCGGCCGUUGGUGUCACAAAGGCCAUUGGACAGACCCUAAUGGGAGCAACGAAUUCUAUCGAUCCUAACAAUCGGCGGAGGAUUGAGGAGAAAUACAAGAAACACUAAACGCAACGACGAGACCCAAGAGGAUCUCACUCACAACAAUCCUUUUUCAAGAGGAUGGAUGCUUUCCACGACACGAAUAUACAACGAAGCACCAGCGUUACGGCUUACACAUACAAUUUUCGGUCUCUAUUGGCUGGAUCUUUUUCUUACACGUCCAUUUUCUUGCACAGAUAGCGGGUUUAGGUUGGGGCAUCCGUUGCUUUAAGAAUACAGUCACGCACCCAUCCAUGAUAGAUUGGCGAAAAUGCAACGCCUCUUGAUUACGUUAUGUACAUGCAGAGGCUUUGGAGACGGUAUGUACGGGAUGUUUUUCUAGUCAGGAGUUGGAUUUCAGGGGCAGAACGUGGCUAUAUUGAGGUCGGAAUUUUGAGCGUUUCUUAUUGUCAGAGGCACUUGGCAGGCAGAUGUUUGUUUGUAUAGAUGAUACCUACCAGAAUGAUACCAAUAUUAUGCGCGGCGUC